AUGGAUCCAUCACAAUAUCAUUUUGAUAUCGCAGCCUACAAUCAAAAUCGUGAAAUUGAAGAAAAUUAUAUAGUCAAUCGAUUUAGAGAGCGUAGAAACAAAAUAUCGGAAGAUAAUGCGCCUCGAACUAGAAAAUAUCUCAAUAGAGAUCAUGCAGCGGCAAACCAAAGACUAAUUGACGACUACUUUGCCAAUGAGCCUACAUAUAACGAUGCAAUGUUUCGUCGUCGGUACUGGAUGAAAAAAAAUGUUUUCCUUCGAAUCGUUGGGGACCUUUCAAGUAGUGAUAACUACUUCACCCAGCGAGUUGAUGCAGCCAAUAAAGAAGCAGAUGCGGUCGAUAAGUACUUCAAAAUAGGAGGUACUACAGCAUUGGAGUGCUUACGUAGAUUUUGUAAAGGAAUCAUACGCUUGUACGAGCAAGUGUAUCUGAGAGCACCAACCCAAGAUGACCUGCAAAGAAUACUGCAUUUUAGUGAAAUGCGGGGGUUCCCAGGGAUGAUUGGGAGUAUUGACUGCAUGCACUGGGAGUGGAAAAAUUGUCCUAAAGCAUGGGAAGCUGAUGGUAUCUACCCUUCUUAUCCAACUUUCGUCAAAUCGAUUAGACUUCCUCAAAGUGAACCCGAUAAAUUAUUUGCAAAAUUUCAGGAGGGAUAUCGGAAGGACAUCGAACGUGCAUUUGGAGUGCUCCAAGCUCGAUUUAAAAUCAUCCGUGAACCAGCUCGCUUGUGGGACAUAGCUGAUUUGGGUAUCAUCAUGAGGUCAUGCAUCAUAUUACAUAAUAUGAUUGUUGAAGAUGAACGAGAUUCAUAUUCUCAACGUUGGACCGAUUUUGAGCAAUCUGGGGAAAGUGGAUCUAGUGCACCACAACCAUACUCGACCGAGGUGUUACCCGCUUUUGCAAAUCAUGUGCGUGCUAGAUCAGAGUUCCGUGAUCCAAAUGUUCAUCAAGAAUUGCAAGCCGAUCUAGUGAAGCACAUAUGGACAAAGUUUGGAAUGUUCCGUGAUUGAAUUAUUUGUGUGUUGUAUUGCAUUUUAAAUUAUUUGUAUCGUACUAAUUACGUUACUUGUGUGUUGUAUUGCAUUUUAAAUUAUUUGUAACGUACUAAUUACGUUAAU